AUGUUGACGGCGUCGUUCUUGCCCGUGCUCAUCCUGUUCUUGCUCAGCGGGGCGGGAAACACGCUGAUUGCAUCAUGGAUGGACAAGAUCUAUGUCGAAGGGCAGAAAUUCGAGCACCCGUUCGUCCAAUGUUGGGUCAUGUUCUUAGGUGAGGCCAGUUGCAUGGCCGUUUUUGCCGCCAGAUACGCACUAGAAAAAAGACGCGUCCAGGCGCAAGGCGACCAACCAAUUCAGAGCCCAUGGCGGAAGGAGACGCUGAUGUUUGCGAUACCAUGUACUUCUUUGGCAAGAUCACGAUCUAAGUUGCAGAUUUCCGUCACAGGAAGGUCGUGGUUGUGAAGAUAAUGUGGACAACUUGGAUAUUUCCUCAGAAAAACUACAGCCAGUACAUCAUCAUUUAGUUGCUCUGUGCACGUAAUUUUUGUUUGGUUCUCCAAAAAAACUCAGGUUGUUGCGAUUGGUUCAGCUCGACGAUGGUCUACAUCAGCUACAGCUACCUUCCGGCGUCAGCGGUGCAGAUGUUGAGGGGGAGCCUCAUCAUAUUCGUAUCUCUAUAAAUCUUACACUGAAAGAUGGAAAGUACUUAAUAAUUAUUCGCAGUAUUUUUAUAGAUACUAGUAUACCUACUGUGCUUGAUUGAUCCGAGUUUCUGAAAGGCCUCUGUUCCACCUUCUAUCUUCCGUCAGGUCUGCCUGAUUUCCGUCUUUAUUUUGAAGAAUAAGCUUUACUUGCACCAUUUUGUUGGCGUGGGUUUAGUCCUUGUCGGAAUUUGCCUAGUGGCCAUGAGCAGUGUCCUCGCCGACGACAGCGCCUCAGCGGACGGACGUAGCCCCUUAGUUGGCGUCUUUAUAUGUGUGACAGCACAAAUUUUUGCGUCCGGAAUUAUGACGAGUGAGGAGUACAUCUUCAAAACGGUCCCGAAUAUAGCGCCGAUACAGGCGGUCGGAAUUGAAGGCACAUGCGGAAUUCUGAUAGGAACGGCAAUACUUGCGGUGGCACAGCUUGUCGGCGUCGAUAAUGUGAAGCUUGCAAUCUACGAGGUGUCACACUCAGGCCAGGCAGCAGGGUAGUCAGCUACUCAGUAUCUUCAUAUAAUCGUUCUUGUCACGCUGCGAGAAUGAAUUUUCGAGGCUCUUCUUAUUGGCAUCACCUUUCUCUGAUCGGAAGAGCAUGACCAUACACUUCUAGCAGAAAGUAGUGCCAAACGGCACCUCCGCAUCCUUCUGCCUGAAUUUCAGAUCUUGCCUGCUCCUUGCGUGUAGUAUAGCGGUGUUCAACGUGUGCGGACAGAAGAUUACAAAGCAUAUAUCAGCAAUGGCGCGCUCAGCACUCGACUCUAGCAGAACUAUAUUGGUGUGGAUAGCUGAGCUUGCCUUUGGCUGGAGAGCAUUCGCCUACGACACCAUUCCGUUCUUACGGACGAGCUUACAACUACUAAUCUAUCACGGAGAGUGAAGGUCGAGCUUUGGGCUUUCCAUUUACAUUUGGUUGUAUCAUAUUUAUUACAACUACACUGCUCGGACAAGUAGUAGGAAGAAUAAGUCUAGAUGAAGUUAUUUUGUUCCCUUUUCCUUUCAUAUCUUUGGGUUCAGCCAUUCGGUUUCGUGUUUAUCGUGCUUGGGCAGGCAUUGUAUUUCAACACCAUCAAAGUGCGCAGGCUUAUGGGCGAUGAGGAGAUCGCGGAGAUGGAGCGCAGCUUAUUGUCCGCCGAACAAGCAGAACGCAGUGGCAAGCAACGCGAUAUCAGAGACCUCGAUAUCGUGUCCACGACAACAGGAGGAAGUGAGUUGCAAAGUCAAAUAUAGAAACGGCUCCUCUUUAGUAUACUCGUACGGAUUAGGAGCAGGGAGGCCGAAAAAAGUGUAAGAAAGCACUCGACGCUGAUUUGUAUUUUUGACAUUCUGAUAACAUAUUUUGUCGACACAUGGUUUUUUUUCCGGGCAGCGAUUGAUUCCUUUAUUGUUCAUGUUUGUACUAGUUGUAAUGGCGCAUUCUUGAUCAUUUUCUUGUACGUGCUAGCAUUUGGUUUAGUUUUUUGCUAUUGGAACAUAAUUGCAGUCCGCGCUGGUUGUAGAGCUGGCUUAAAGCAUCACACUGUGGAGCUAGGCAUCAUCGCAGAGCUCCUAGGAGAUAUCGCUAAUAUCGUGUAAGCAGUGCGGAUGUGAUUGAUAGAAGAUGCCAUGUUAGUUAGUAUGUCCUUUCUCCUGGUGGUCGUGGUGGUUUUGGAUGAGUACAGAUUUUCCGGUAGUCCUGCGAUAGCAGCUAUCACUCUCGAAUAGAAGUACUUCUACAAGCGAACUGGUUCUGAUGAAUCCUUGGGGAGAUUUUCGACAUUUUUGAAGGAUCGAUGAGCAUCAACACUCCGUAAUGAAUUCAUAUAUUUUCCGAAAAAAAAAUAAAAGAUCAGCGACCACUGUCUCAUGAUCAUACAUGCCGUUCCUGACAGUUCUUGCAGCUAAAACUCUACUCAUCACAAGCGAUGCUUUGAAUUUUCAUGACGAAAACAGAUCUUUGAUUGAGUAAGCGACAUUUGCUUGUGAGCAUCGAAAUGUUUUUGAAAGAACGAAG